ACUAUGAGAAGCGGCAACUCUUCAGAUAGCGGCCAUUUUACACCUCCGGCCCCCUCCAAAAAGAAAAAAAGUAUAUACAAGCUCGUUGAAUACAGCAUGGGAAUGUACCUACAUCGUUGGAAAGUACUAAGGGUAAUCAUUUUGCUUUCUGGAAAAAAAUGUGUUUUACACCUGGCCGCUGGAAAUUGGAAUUAAAAAAAAAAUGCUGCAAGCAAAAAACGCAACUAAUUUCUACGUGUGUUUCUUAGUAUAUUAUUUAUGAUGUUAUGUUAUGUAUUAAGACCAAUGAGAAAUACACAAAGGUCUUUUUUUUACUUUCUUUUUAGUAUCUACUGGUUGUUUGGUGAUCUACUGAUAUGUAUGGGGCCCAUCUACUGACUUCGAUUUUUUUUUCCAUCUGGUAACGCUGGUCCAGCAUUUGCUGGCACUGCUCGCAGCGCGUGGAGGGCUGUCACGGCUUCACUUUACGUUGGCUGCGCUCAUGUGGAGUGGCCGCGUGGGCACCUGCUUCGGUUCCCCGUCCUGACCACGUUGUCCCCACUCACGUGGUGUGGCCGUGUGGACACUUGCUUCGGUUUCCCGUCCUGACUAACGAAACAGCCACUGCAGAGCAUCACAUCCGAGCGACGUCGUACGCAUCCAAAGAUGCCAGGUGUCCGAUACUUCCGGUGCCCAAGGUGUGCGUCCCACAUUUUUUCGUUGAGGGCACUAUUCAGGCACUUUCACUCAGUUCAUGGGUACGAAAGCAACUGGGUGUGCGGCCUAAGUGGCUGCAUGCGGACAUUUAAACUCUUCGCUUCCUAUAAAAAACAUGUGUACAGAAAUCACCCUGGAUCAGUCGAAAGAGAAAGAGCCGUGGGAGCGAAUGAACUGGUGGAUGCAGCACCGAGUGUUGGGGAUGCCUUUCAAAGUGAUGACGUUGGUGUACAGAGUAAUCCGGACGCAGAAGAAAGGCAAGAGGAGCUGCGUACAGAGACUUCACAAGUGUGUGAAUCCACCCAGGGUCCAAGCGGCUGUGUAAAGCAGCUGGCUCUCCUUCUCAAGUGGAAAGAGGGAAGGCGACUUCCAGAAUCAACCUUAGAUGAAAUCACAAAUGAUGUGAUUUCUUUCGUAAAAUCCAUUUUGGAACAUAAACAACUCCAGCUCAACAACGAGGUGGCCGCCAACGUGAGGGAGCUAUUCUGUGUUGACGAACUGGACCGGCUACUGACGACAGCUGGCCGGAACGCGUUCUGGAGGACACAUCUUCCACUUGUUGAGCCCCGUACAGUAGUGCUAGGAACCAACAGCAAUGGAAAAGACGACACCAUGGAGUAUGUGCCGCUCUGUGAUCUCCUCACGUGUAUCCUUGAACAUCCAACCUUAUCGGGUGACUUUAAUGCUUACACAAAGGUUGACAACCAUAUGUGUUCUGUGUUUGAUGGCAGUGCAUUUCGCGACCAUGCCUACUUUGAAGGUGACCAUCACAAAAUCUGCCUGCAGUUAUAUACUGAUGAAUUUGAGGUGUGCAACCCUUUGGGCAGCAAAAGAGGAAAGCAUAAGAUGACCGCCGUGUAUUUCUCAGUGCUGAAUUUUCCUGCAAGGUUCCGCUCUGCGCUAUCAGGAAUGCACCUGGCACUUUUAGUGAAUGACCACCAUGUGGACUCCUAUGGUCUGCCUAAGAUUCUUGCACCUUUGCUUGAGGAUGUGAGCAGAUUAGAAACUGAAGGCAUAGUUGCAAACGGAAAAGUGAUGAGAGGGUCAGUCUUUGUUUUGACUGGGGAUAAUCUGUCGAGCCAUAGAAUGGGAGGCUUUAAACGUAGUUUCAACAAAGGUAGGAUUUGCAGGUUCUGCAUGGCCGUGCACUGUGAAAUCAACUACAAGCACCUGGAGACCGAUUUCGUGCUGCGCACACCGGAAGGUCACGAGCAUCAUAUGAACAUGUUGAAGGCUGGACUGCCAACUGCAUCAUUGUAUGGGGUCACUGCAGCUUGUGCUCUUACAUGCCAGGGGUUCAAUGCCACACAGCAUUUUCCGCCUGACGUUAUGCACGACUUGCACGAGGGUGUUAUACCAUUUGCACUAAGACACAUCAUUUCUUCCUUAAUAUCACAAGGACUUUUUACUCUUGCACAGUUAAACAAGGAAAUUAGUGAGUGGAAUUAUGACCCUUGUGAUGCGCGAAAUAAGCCAGAGCCUAUUUCUAGUGAAUUUCUUAAAGGAAAGGCAACCAUGAAAGGAUCAGCCACGCAGGUCUUUUGCCUAUUUCGUCAUCUAACCUUUUUCGUUGGCGAAUGUGUUCCAACAGAACACGAAGUAUGGCAACUUUACUUGCUUUUUCGCGAAAUCAUGGAUAUCAUCAUGAGCCGGAAAAUCCCAGUCUCGCACAUUGGCUACCUGCAAAGGAAGAUUCAUUUUUUUUGUCUCGACUUCAAGACAUUGUUCCCAUCUGUUAAAGUUCCUUGCAAAAUGCACUACCUUAUUCACUAUCCGUCGUGCAUGGAAAGGUUUGGACCAUUAGUUGAACUUUGGGCGAUGCGCUUCGAGGGAAAGCACCAAUAUUUCAAAGACAUGGCUCGUAAAAUCCGCAACUUUAAGAGUCUUUCGCACAGUCUAGCAGUGAGGCAUCAGUUUUUGCAGUGUUUCUCUUUUGCAGCUGUUGGUGAGAAGAGCGUUCCCAUCACAACAGGUUGUCGCCCCAUACUUUGUGAACAUCUUCCUGAAUGCGUCAAGGAGUUUAUCUCUCAGCAUGAUCUUGAAACUGUUGAUUCAUUCGUAGCGAACUCUGUGAGCAUAGAAGGCAGGGUCUACAAAACAGGAUGUGUUCUUGUCCAAAGUGUUCCUGACGAUGCUCUGCCCGAAUUUCUGCAUAUAUGUCAAAUUUUUUAUGUUAACAAAGUGCUUUUAUCUUUGGGGAAUGUGCUUGAGACAGUCCGGUUCGACGAGCACUUUCACGUCUAUGUUGUCCGUGCGACGCAAGAAUUCAAAGUUGUAACAUCACUGACAGACUGUACAACAGAACCAUUAUACAUGCGGGAGCACAAAGGACAGACUGUUAUAAGCGCACGUCACUCAUUGCUAUGA